AUGGACGACGGACGUGGAUCUUCAUCCCACUCGGAUGAGUUUGAAGACGGUGGUGCUGGUGCUGGGGCCGGACUUGGGGUUGGCGUUGCGGCAGCAGAGACGACUCCCAAGCUGGCGCCGCCACCCAAGGCUUCGGUGGCUCGACUCAACGCGCGGAUGGCCGAGCGGCGGGCAAAGCGCAAGACUCGGAUGGUCGGCGGUGGCGGCGGAGGAGGUGUCGGGGCGAGCAGCCGGCAUGAGGGGAACGACGACGGCGACGGUGAUGGCGGCGACGACGACGAGCUGACCGAGGAGGAGCGCCGGCGGCUGAAGCGGACUUCUGUGGCGUACGAUGCGUUUGUGCGGCGGUCGGGCCAGGCGUUGUCGAGCAGCGAGGUGCGCGAACGGCUGGUGGCGGUCGAGUCUGCGCUGGAUCGGGCCGAGGCUGACGCUGGCGGGAGCGAUGGCGACGACGAUGUGGCGGCGGUGCUUGACGACAUUGAGCGGCAGUGGUCGGAGGACUCGGCCGAGGCGGUGCCGGACGUGUCUCCCGGGCGGGCCAAGCCGCUGGCGGCGGCGCUGGGGGUGACCGGGUGCGCGCUGACGCUUGUGGCGAUUGUGUUUGGGUUUAUGGCCAAGACCAUGGACCUGACUGAGGCUGCGGUGCUCUUUGGCUUUGGCACCGCCAUGCUCCUCGUCUCGGUCAUCUUCCUUGUCGGAUACAUCUUCUGCGCCGACCCGCGGCGCGACGACUACGCCGGACUGGACAAUCCGAACGAGUCCGAGUGGACGUUCUCGUAAGCACGAGAGGCUGAAGCCGUCACGGGCGGCUCCACGCCGCGAGCGCGUCCUGCAAGUCGACCUCAUCCUCCAGCUCGGCAGGCUCGUUGAGCUCGAGAUCCUCACCGUACUGGAUGGCGUAGUCGAUGGUCGAGAGGACGUAGUCGAUCGAGUCCUGGUCGGUAAUGUCGAGCGGAAGGAAGGAGACCAUGGAAAAGUUGUCGAGCAGACCGGCAAUGGCGUCGGUGAGCGAGUAGAACUUGGAGUCCAUGCUGGACGACAUCUUCUGCAUCAGCCGCAGCGGGUCCGGCGAAAGAAAGUCCUCUAGAAACUCGGGCUCUUCCCCGCCGUGCUGUGCCUUGAGAAUGUCGACCUUGGAGAGGACCGAGACGUGUGGGAGUUCGAGCUGAAGCAUGGCCGAGAGGCACAUCAGAUUGGCUGACAUAAACUUAGCCGGGUCCGACACAAACUGCGAGUCGAUGACGUAAACCGAGGCGAUGGUGUA